AAAGAAAAAAGUAUCAAAAUAAACACCCCAUGUUUAGCCAUGACAUAAUGUUAGAGCAACUUCAUCCAAGCUACAAAUUCCGUAAUUCAAAACUAGCAAUUUAAAAUUUUUACCGAAAUAAUAAUUCAAAUUUCCAUUCUAAUCCAGAACCGAGAUUUUGAAUUCCAGCUCCACUCUAUUUCUUUUCAUAUUCUCUCUCUGUCUCAGUGUCUCUCAAAACUGAAAAGCAUAUUUAAGACAUAACGGCGGUGACCGCUCACUCUCGUUCCCCACAAUUCCUUUCAGCCUCUUCUUCCACGAUUUUCUUCUGUGUUGCUAGAUUUUUACCCUCUCCGUCUCCAUGGAUGCGUGCCGGCAAGUUCUUCCUCAGCAACCACUCUCCAGUACUAGUACGAAAAUGGCGAUGGAUUUUGAAUUCAGAGGAAGUGCCUCUCGAAUUAAAAACUGCGCGUUCGAUCUGUUAUCGACUUGGGAAGAUCUGUUGAUGGAGGAUGAUUGCGAUGAUGAUGAUGACGUGCUGUGGGAUCCGAAAGAGGAGGAUGAUAACGAUGAGUGGUGGGAUUUGAUGCAGAGGGAUCUUCGUCUCAAAUCAACCUUCUUCUUUUGCGAUUUCAAUCAGAUGAUCUCUGCUGCGCCCCACGAUGAUCAGAAGAAAUCUCUCACACAGCUUGCCAAUAAAUUGCUUUCCUCCAUCCAACAGUUGGAUGAAGCAUCUAGUGUUCGAAGCAUUCAUUUGACACAGGAGCGAUACAAGGACGUUGCCUUUACUGUGAAGGAGGUGAUGGCUCUUCUGCCUUGAUCCAUUUGAAUUUGCUGUCGCUGCUUCAAAUAAGUAGAACAUAGUAGACUCUGUAUACCAAGGUUUUCUUGUUUUCCACGUUUUAUCCAUUAUGUAGAGAAAUGAUUUUCAUUUUCUUUUGGAUUAUCAUUCUAAUUUUUUUUGUGGUAA